AUGUUUUAUAUGUAUAAAAACUUUUCAAAAACUUUUAUAAUUAAAAAUUAUAAAAAAGAAGAAGUGGGAUGUGGUUCAGUUGUGGAUGCCCAAUCAUUGUAUCUUAAGAAAGUCUUGAAUCAAGAAGGUGCUAAAUUCAAGACAAUUCAGUCCAGAAGGCACACACUUUGACUUAAAACAGUUACAGUGGUACCUCGGGUUAAGUACUUAAUUCGUUCCGGAGGUCCGUUCUUAACCUGAUGUGUUCUUAACCUGAAGCACCACUUUAGCUAAUGGGGCCUCCUGCUGCCACCGCACCACCGAAGCACAAUUUCUGUUCUCAUCCUGAAGCAAAGUUCUUAACCUGAAGCACUAUUUCUGGGUUAGCGGAGUGUGAAACCUGAAGCAUAUGUAACCUGAAGCAUAUGUAACCCGAGGUACCACUGUAUUCAAAAGUUGGUUUCUCAUCCUGUCAUGAUGGGUUCGUUUUAUUCUUUGUGCUUAGACAUGUGACUGCACUCUAUAGCAUCAAAGACCUCAUACAUCAUUCUGUUUCUACCUCUUCCCCUCCUAAAGCUUGAUCUUAGUAGCUUUUGCAUACUUAGGUUUUUCUACUGCUGUCAGGGAGGCUACAAAAUACUUGGUUUGUUUUCUGGCAAUAAAUGGCAGCAGAAUUUUUGCCCCACUCCUGCUAUAGGACAACUAUGUUUGUUUUUAGCUAUUGUAAAUAAAGGUUUUUUAAAAAUAUUGCUUGUAUGUGUGUGCUUUUAAUAAAGGGAGAGAGGGAGGGAAAGAUUUGUUAUCUGUCUGGGUAAAAAGCAUGGGGCUCAUAGAAUAGAGGUGGUAAAAAAAAAAGUACAAAACUGGAUCCUAUCCAACAGGACAUAAACCCAGAAGAAUUGCUUGGUCUUGUGAUAUAAAUAGAUGUUAUAUAAUAAUUGUUAUCUUCUCCAAAGGUUUGCAGUCAUACACAGCAGCACUGCUCCAAAGUCUGAGUGUAAUGAGUUGUUGCUAUGACUUUCAGGGCAGGCUCAGUUGGGUGGCAAUUCAAUGCUCAAAGAGCCCCACGCUUCAUGGAGUACCAAUCUUUGUAAAGUCGUACCUUGGAAGUUGAACAGAAUCCAUUCCGGAAGUCUGUUCGACUCCCAAAACAUUUGGAAAUCAAAGCGCGGCUUCUGAUUGGCUGCAGGAAGCUCCUGCAGCCAAUGAGAAACCACAGAAGCCCUGUCAGACAUUUGGGUUCCAAAGAACGUUCGCAAACAGGAACAAUCGUUUCCGGGUUUGCGGUGUUUGGGAGCCGCAAUGUCCAAGUACCAAGGCGUUCGGGAUCCAAGGUACAACUGUAUUCCUCAAGGAAAGAUGUCAAAUGGCUUUAGAAUUUGAACUUGGAGGUUGUUGAGGUUUCACAGCUAUUUAAGGUGGACAUCAUACAACUUUGCAGCACAAUGGUAUACUUUUGCUUAUCAUGCAUUUGAUGACUGGGGGUGGGGGGGACAAAAGCUAAUCCAGAAUAAAUCUGUUCGUCUUUAAGGUGCCAACAUACAUUCUACUCAAAGUAGAACAAUUUAAAGUAAUAGACCUAAGUUAGUUGUAAGUAUAACAUGUUGGAUACAACCCUUUGUUGUCGUUUUCUUCUAAGAGACUCUCAGGACUACUCCUCUCAAAACAGUUACCCUUCCAAAAAGAGAGAGAGAAAUUCCAGCGUGUUCACAAUAAGGAACAGAUCACAGGUAUCAGAAUAAAGACUCGAAGCUUCAUGAAACAUUUUAAACAAAGGGGAGAUGAGAAAGAGAGAGAAAAUCACACUUUCCCAUGUAAAUUACUUCACAACACUUUUAAACUACUGCCCUCCCCACAUCCAAAACUGAACCUCCAGCCAUUUGGAGGAAAUGCCAGGAUCUCAUUUGAAGGAAGGAGAUGCAACAAAUCCCCUGUGGGGGAAAACAUGUGUUCUUUCAUCACAGGGGGAUAAAAUCACAUCUCCCGGAGAUGUCCAUCUUUCACUUCCUAUGAAACCCAGAAGCAAGGGUCACUUGCGUUUCAACUCUUCCCUCUUUGUUUGAGCAUCCAAAGAGGCCCUAAGCUUCUUCCAGAAGUGGAAUUUACCCAUAAAUGUUACUGUACAAUAGCUUUUACCUGACCCAAAACCCUUUAGAUAGGUCAGGCUGUAAAUCUCUUUAGCAUAAGCAAAAGCAGGAAACGAUGCUUCUAGCUGGAUCAAUGCAGGAGGAAAAACAGCUCUGCCUCUGGAUGUUUUAUGGUGUGGCCUCUUAUACCUUAACACACCACUAUUAGCAUAUUGCUGCAAUCACCAAUGGCACUUUCCCCUUUAACUUCCCCUUGAAUUGCCAUCGAAGCUCAUCAAAUGCUUCCAAUAAAAGGAAGCUAGCUUUUACUACACUGCUCGGCAAUGCAGAUAAAUUCUAGGACUCAGACACAUGCUCUCUGCUGGCCCCACUAUCAAGAAGGAAAGAAAAGUCAGCUGAGGAACCCAGUGUGAUUUUUAUAGAAAGUGUACUCUAUUGGUGGAAAUACAAUAAGGUUAUCUGUUUGGGGGAUUUGUUUGAAAUGAAUAUAAUAUGAAAUCCAGUAAUAUUUUGGGGGAAAUUAGGGGGAAAGAUCAUAUUUGCCAAGCAAACCAACUUAUCUUAUAUCAAAUAUCUUGCACUGAAGGGAAUUCUACCAAUUCCAUCCUAACAAGAAUCCCAGCAUGGGAAGAUCAGCCAUGCUUCAACUGGAGAUAUAUAAAGUGGUACCUCAGGUUAAGUACUUAAUUCGUUCCGGAGGUCCGUUCUUAACCUGAAACUGUUCUUAACCUGAAGCACCACUUCAGCUAAUGGGGCCUCCCACUGCCGCUGCGCCGCCAGAGCACGAUUUCUGUUCUCCUCCUGAAGCAAAGUUCUUAACCCAAGGUACUAUUUCUGGGUUAGCAGAGUCUGUAACCUGAAGCAUAUGUAACCUGAAGUGUAUGUAACCCGAGGUACCACUGUAUAUAGAUGAUAUAGAUAAACAUAUGUGCCAAUUAGCAACUGUGCCUUUUGUUCUGGCAUGAUGAAACUGAUCUCCCUGAUAUUCUUGCCUUGUGUGUCUUGUUUUUUAGACUGCAGGGACAUCUUAUAUUUAUUUAUGAACAGGGCCUAGUUAAUGCAGGCAUCCUAGAAAUAAUUAACAACUAUCACCAUGGUGUUUUGCUUUUGUUUCUGUCAAUCAUAUACAAGCAGAAGUGUUGGAAAGGGCCCCCACCGCUGCCACCUGAAACUCAGUGUAUCUUUGGGCUAGAUGAAGAAGGGGGUCAGAGCUACUGGUAUAGUCCUUCCCCAUGUUUAGGGGGGAUGUGCAUCCUGUUUUACAAAGGAUACUGCUCUGUUUGAAGGGCUGGCAGAGGGCCAUCCUCUUUCUGAAGGCAGCCUCUUUUUCAGGUGUGGGAAACCUUCUCCAGAUGUUAUUGAACUACAACUCCCAUCAUCCCUGACCAUUAGCCAUGUAGCUGAUGGGAAUUAUAGUUCAACAACUUCUGGGGGCCCAAUGUUUCCCUGUUCCUGUUUUAUUUGAAGGGUGGUUCAGUAUAACUCCAGUUUAAAUACUUUUAAAAAGAAGGGGGCCUUGAAGUUGCCCAUACCUGGACCUGGACAGCAGGCUGAGAAACUACCCAUGGUCACUUUCCCACUGUGAUGAGAUGUAUUUUAAAAGAAAUUAUGCAGCCCGCACUUCCUCCCAAGGAGCCUAUGGUGGAAAAUAUGUCAAUACUAAAACAAUGUAACUAAAACUUCUAAAACCAGUUAAGACCAACCUCCUAAAAGGAAUCACUUAUUCUCAAAACGAAAGAUUUCACGGUUACCAAGGACAGACCUUUUGGCCAUCAAAUCCCUGGGUAAACAGGAAAGUUUCUUAAAAAUUCCCUAAAUAUUAAGAAUGAAGCAGAAUGAUGGGAGGGCAUUCCACAAAUGGGGAACCACCACUGAUAAGGCCCUGAUAAGGCAACCCCCAAUGGCAGCACCAGGAGGCUGGAGAGAGGCAACUGGCUGGGAGAGGAAGAGUGGGGAGAGUUACUGGCUAUCACUCAACCCCCUGCCCUCUUGAAGAAGCUACCAUCUCUAAGCUCAUGUUUCUGGGAAGCAUUUACCUCAGGAUUAGGUUCCACUGAGGUUGUAGGCCAGGCAUGGGCAAACUCGGCCCUCCAGAUGUUUUGGGGCUACAACUCCCAUCAUCCCUAGCUAACAGGACAGUGGUCAGGGAUUAUGGGAGUUGUAGUCCCAAAACAUCUGGAGGGCCGAGUUUGCCUAUGCCUGUUGUAGGCUAUCUGCCUGAGUGGCUGCAGCUGUUCAGGAUACUCCCCGAACCAGUGCACCUUCUACUGGUGCUGGGGAAAGGAGAGUAUAAGGACAGCCUGAUGGGGAUAGCGGGGGUGAGGUAUAUGGGGUAGGAUUAAGAUUAUUAAAAUGCCUUUUACUGGACAUGGUUUCGUGAUGCAUGGUGUCCUUUCGGGGAGGGGGCUGUUGUGUUUUCCUUUAGGCCGUUUCCAGGGUGAGAGACUGGAUGUGGUCCAAGUGAAAAGUGGUUUCACGUGCCUCGAGUGAGAGUCCACCCCACCAUGGAAAAGUGCCCUUCUUGGGUGACAGGCAGGAAGGAGUGUUUAGCCUGUGUCCCAGGUGAGGGCAUUUGUUCUGUCUCAGUAUUGUCUUGUGUAACUCUUCGGCAUUUCACUGAAAGGAUGCCUACACUUUGCCAGUGUGCAACAUGCAAUCCCAUAGAGAGGGAUUUCCCACAGGGCCAAGCUGACACCCUGCUAUGGAAGCGGGGCAGGGGGAGGUGUUUUCUUAAAGGCUGCGUAAUCCCCGCAAUAAUACAAAACACGCUGCCCUGCUCUCAAGCAGCUCCCAUACAUUCCAGUCAGAUUGCAUCCGCAGUUAAUUAUAAACAUGCAAGAUGAGGGAAGCCCUGCUCUUUAAAUCAGCUUUCUCAUAAACACACCACUGUUUCUUAAAAGCUUUUUAAUAAAAUGAAAUUUUAAAAAUCAAAUGCACUCAAUGAUUAUUAUUAUUAUUAUUAUUGAGUACUUGGACAUUGGUGUUUUUCUUGAAUCUCCUGCGGAGGAAGAUGAGGCACGGCAGUGGCAGCAGGUGCAGUUUGAUUCACAACCGAGCUGACCUUCUGUAGGAGCAUGGCAGGAAUUUCAAAUAGGAUUAGCCACCCCAGACAAGAAAAAGGUCACAGGACAUUUCCACUGGAAAUUCUCAUGCAAAUAGGCCUUUUGAUACGCAUGACGUUUUUUUUCCACACACAUCUAAUAGCUAUGCAUACAGAAAAAAGGAAAUACUGAAACAUGAUGGCUAAUGUAUGUUAAUCUUGUGAAGGUGUUGACUUCCCAGAAAACGUCAGGCUGCCAAAGGAUAAGGGCAUCACAGACCCUGCCUAGAAGAGAGUCCUAGCAAUAUUAGGACCUUGCAGAGCUGUGCAAAGGAGCAGGGCUUGUGUAUUUUGAUUUUAAUUUGUGUUAAGGUUUAAAUUAUGGGGAGAGGGGGAAUACAUUUGCCUUAGUUUGAGCACUGUUGGAGGUCAUGUACUUGCUUUAAGAUCUCAAACAUUGCAGCAGUUACUCGGUGGUAAGGGAAAGCACUCAAAACAUGCUCAGAGGCAUUAUCCUCUUUACUGUUGUGUUGAAAGUAGAGUCCUGGGCGAUUCUUGUUAUCUUCAUCUCCAAUAAGAACAUGAGCCUUACUGGAUAAGGCAAAUCAAGGCCAGCAUUCUGUUCUCACAGUGGCCAGCGAAACGCGUAUGGAAAGCCCACAAGUAAGAUCUGAGUACAGUGGUACCUCGGGUUAAGUACUUAAUUCAUUCCGGAGGUCCGUACUUAACCUGAAACUGUUCUUAACCUGAAACACCACUUUAGCUGAUGGGGCCUCCCGCUGUUGCUGCGCCGCCAGCGUGCGAUUUCUGUUCUCAUCCUGAAGCAAAGUUCUUAACUUGAAGCACUAUUUCUGGGUUAGCGGAGUCUGUAACCUGAAGCGUAUGUAACCCAAGGUACCACUGUAUAAUAGCACUCUCCCUGCUUGUGAUUCACAGCAACUGUUAUUCAGAGACAUAUGGCUUCCAAAGGUGGAGACAGAGCAGAGCCAUCAUGGCUACCGGCUCUGUUUUCUAAUGGGCAAUGUUUCUGAGGAGAGCAGCUGUGGCAUUCUGAAGGCGAGGCAGUUGAGCUUCUUCUCUAUCCAGUGACUGAAUGGUGCCAAACCAAGCUAGAAGCAUGCACUCCCAACAAAAUGUCACUGGAAUCUAUUCUUUUCGAUUAAAUUAUGAGAUUGUAUUGGAGUCGUGUUUGAGUGAGAGCACAAUUACAGACACUUAAUGUAAGUUUGAGGUAACUUGCCACAGCAUGUACAUGAGGGCUUGGUAAACUGAAGGCCUCAACUCCUCUUUAGGGGAAUGGGGUGAAACUGGUAGUAGUCCAUCCUUUAUAAACGCUCAUCCUUUACACCCCAUUUGGUGUCAAGAACCCAAGCUAUGCUGCCAUCAUAUCAACUGUCUCUCCUUGGGAUGAAGUAUAUUGGGUUUACCAUCUUCUUGGGUUUAGGAGAGGACACCUACCAGAGGACACAUUUCCUUUGAGAAAUGCUGUCGGUUGGAUCCCAGCUCCUCCCACUUUCUAUCCAAGGAAGAUCAGUAGCAAGUAUGGAAUUGGGCAUGAGAAAAAUGGUAGAUACACCGAACAUGUUUAGAUAAACUACAUUUCCGAAUUACAUCCACCCAGAAAAGUUCAUGGAUGAACCUAAAGCUCCCUGAAGAGAGUGCCAUAUUCUUAGAAGAGUGAACCAUUGAGUUUCAGUCUUUCAGAUAAAGCCACUUCCGGCCUGCCCAGGAGGUGGGGUUGCGGGCUUCACGCCCACCCCCCACGUGUCUCGUGUCUUUAUUUAUCCUGGUGGGGGGCGGGAACUCGCCACGCAAAGGCCUCACUCUCCCUCAACACAGAUGGAUGUGUGCCUGAAUGAAUUAGUAAUAGUGUGAUAGGAAGGCCUUUUUGCCACUUUGCCCUGGUACAAAUUAAGCCACGACAGGGAUGGUGUUCUAUUAAACAAAGACUUUUAAAAAGAAGUUAGGACUACUGUUAAAAUUAUGUCAGUUUGGAGUAUGUUAGAAAUUAUUAUAAAAGCUAUCAUUGAAGAUUACUGUUUUUCGAUUCAAAUGCCAGUUAAAAGUAGGUCACAUGAUAUAGGUUGGGAGAAGAUCUCGGGUAUGGAAAGAUGAAAUAGCAUUGACUUAAACGGCAUUGGCUUCUUUGCUCUGGCUACAUCAAGGGAGAUAUGGGGGGGGGAGACGCCUGUUGUCCAGUGUUAAUUUGAGGACUUUAUUUUUUAGGAUGGAAGGAGGCCCUUCUCAACGUGAAUGAAAACAUUAGCACAGGAAAAUUUUAGCAGGACAACUCCCUCUGAGAAAAGUCAGCCUUGGAAAGAAAUGUGUACCAUUUGAAUUCACAAAACACUUGAAAGGUAAUGAUUCUUAAAUUAAAAUGGCAAAUUAUGUACCGGGACAAAAAGCUUUUUCCACCCUGAUGGGUCUUAACAAGAGCAAUAAACCAUGUCUAACUGCACCAAUAUAUAGCUACCAUCAGCAUAUUGCUAAGCUACUGCACUUCUGGCUAAAUCGGUUUCCUCUUAAUUUCCCCUCAUUGCUGAAACAGAGGGGGGAAAUGCAACAUAGUUUUUACAAUGCCUACAAAUAUGAAAGGGUGAAAAGAGCUGAGGGAUGCAAAAGGGCGGGAGCUUAUCCCUUAUGUACACAUUUACUUAUUUCACUGGGACAUUCCCUAUAUUUCAAAAUAAGGAAAAGAGCAAGCAUUGCAGUAGUACUAUGUAUCUCAGCCGCUCUGCUUACUUUGUUUCCAUACAAGGGUGUUUUUGGCAAAAUAGAAAUUUGCAAGAGAUUUCCAAAAUCCACAGUUGGGCAAUAUACUGUAUUAGGAUUAACCAGAAUGCAACAAUAUCAUGGCAAGCUUUUGUUUUUUCCAGAAUUUUUCAUCAGGCAAGAGAUGGCACAGGGCAGUGCAGUGGGGUUCAUUGUCUUAAUUUGACAAGGAACAAUACAUUUGUUUCUGGAGUUUUGUCUUAUGUGACAGCUGAAUUUCCCAACUUGGUGCUAUUUAAUGACACCUCCUGAGUUCACCAAAUUACCAAGGAUAAUGGUUCAGUCUGGACCAGUCAUUAUUUUUUUAUUUAAGUAAGCAGAUUGCCUCUUUAAAGCCAGCUAAUGCUAUUUAAGCAGAUGGUAAUCUGCUUCCAGUUUAUAGAACAUUUAUUGAAGGGCAGUGGCACCCCUUUUGGGGGCUUGUUUGUUUGGCAUAAACUAGGCACGAUCAUUUGAUUUAAAAUCUGUUUUAUAAUGAGGCAUCUGCUUUCACUUUAUAAACAUUAAGUCUUUGCUACAGGGACUGCAAUAGACCAGGAUGAGCCUUCCCCAUCCUAGUACCCUUCCAGAUGUUUUGCACUACAGCUCCUAUAAGUCUUUUCCAGCAUAGCCAGUGACGGAAGCUGAAGUCCAAAACAUCUAGAGGGCACUAGGUUGGGGAAGGCUGAACUAUACUUAUCACUUAAGGCUUGAGAGGACAGUAAAAAGCCUGUAGGCCAGACCUGUGACCCUCCAGAUAAUGUUGGACUACAACUUCCAUCAGUACUAGCUACCAUGGCCAGUAGUUAGAGGUGAUGGGAUUUGUAGUCCAGCAAUGGAGGGACACAGAUUCUCCAUCCAUGCUGUAGAUGUCACAGUUUGUAUUGAUCUGGAUGCAGGUAUUACCAGUGAGGGGGUUAAUGGAAGAUAAUGCAAAAUUGGAUGAAGAUGAGAAAUUAAUCAAUUGUUAUGGAAGGACUGGAGAAAUAGAAGAACAGAAGGAGAGAAGCAGAUUUCAGAAUGAAAUAGUCACAUUGAUAUUUAUGUGCUUGAAGUACUUGUAUUCCUGUUCCUGCCUUCUGCCUGGCCCUACCAGUCCCAUGGCAGACCAGCCACCAUCUUUACCAUUAGUCCAUGAAGACACCUCUGCACUCUCUUUUUACUUUACGAAUUUGUCUUUUUCAAGCAAACCCAAAAGGGAGAGGGGAAGAGAAAAAGGGUUCAACUAAGCCAGAUCUUUCCAAAGCACACUUACUUGGAAUUUAGAUCCACUGAAAUCAAUGAGACUUGCUUACGAGUAAAUAUGCAAACUGAUUCUAAGUACGUUCUCUUCAUUUUCCUUGCAGAUUUUUUUUUAAUCACAACUCCUAACUCUUCAGAAAGGUGGAAAAGGCAAUCUACCAGGAGGUCGUCGUAUAUCUCCAAGCAUGUGAUUUUACUUUGCGAUGUACCAUUCUUUAACUCACAUGCAUGA